UGACCGCUAAUGGCAGACUCGACGACGACUGACCAAGUUGAGCACGAACUCAUCUCGACUUCUCUCGAUGUCGAACAGUUGGACACGAACCUCUUCCGCUCAAAGUCUCUAUGGCUUCCAAUGCGUGCAAGAGGUGUUUUCGGCGGCCAGGUUAUCUCACAAGCUAUAGUGUCUGCUACUAACUGUGUCGAUCCCGCAUAUGGCUUACAUUCCCUUCAUUGCUACUUCCUUCUGAGUGCAUCUCCGUCUCUACCCGUUCUCUACUACGUCGAUCGACUUCGUAAUGGUCGUUCAUAUGCGACGCGUUUUGUCCGAGCGGUACAAAAAGGACGAGCUGUUUUCAUAAUGAUGUGUUCCUUCCACAAACCCGAGCCAGAACAUCCGUUCCAUCAGUGGCAGAUACCGUCGAAUGUACCGAAACCCAGCGAAGUUGAAAUUGAUUACGACUUUUAUAUUCGAAUGCGGCAACUGAGUGAAACGAGCGAGCGAGCAAAGAAAAUUCUUGACGGAAUCAUCCAAGAGCGGAAAAAGAGUUCAAUACAAUGCACUGUUCAGAUUGAACGCGAAGUAGGAGACGGGACGACCAUGUUCAUGCAUUACAUGAGAGCACGAGGAAUUCCAAAAUACGAACCUGCGUACCAAAAAUGCAUACUUGGUUACAUGUCUGAUCUAGCUUUCAUUGGCGUCGGAGCUAAGACAUUAGGCCUUAGAAGGUUUGGCGAGGGCGCUUCGGGCGCCUCAGCUCUGGGCAUGUCGUCUUCGCUUGAUCAUUCCAUAUUUUACUAUAGCGAUGAUUUUGAUUGCUCCGACUGGAUUCUUCACGUUAUUAAAUCGCCGCGCACGGGAUCGGGAAGGGGAGUUGUCCAGGGCCAGAUGUACGCUUCUGACGGGACACUGGUCGCGAUCACCACCCAAGAGGGUGUCAUACGCUCAGGAAUAACGGGUCCCGAACGUCCUCGGGAAACAAAGGCGAAGUUGUGAUAGAACUAUACUGCCUCUUCAUAUUUCCAUGACACGACAAUAUACUGUACCUAUCCAGGUUUAAUUCGUACUUGUGUCAGGCAUGUUAGAUAUCGAGUGUUGCAUCUUGAAC